GUCGAGUGGAGAGAGAGAGAACAGAAAUGGAGACAAAAUCAAAGUUCAGGAGAAUAUGUGUCUACUGCGGCAGCAGCGCAGGAAGAAAAGUUAGCUAUCAAGAAGCUGCCGUAGAGCUCGGCAAAGAACUCGUGGAGAAAAGGAUUGAUUUGGUCUAUGGAGGUGGAAGCGUGGGUUUGAUGGGUCUAGUUUCUCAGGCUGUUCAUGAUGGUGGGCGCCAUGUUCUAGGGAUUAUCCCAAGAACUCUUAUGCCCAAAGAGUUAACUGGUUGUACAAUUGGAGAUGUGAUACCUGUUAACGAUAUGCACCAAAGGAAGGCCGAGAUGGCCCGUCAAGCUGAUGCCUUCAUAGCCCUUCCUGGUGGAUAUGGAACUUUGGAGGAAUUGCUGGAAGUUAUCACAUGGGCUCAGCUUGGAAUUCACCGCAAACCAGUGGGUCUUCUGAAUGUGGAGGGUUACUAUAAUUCUCUACUGUCUUUCCUUGACAAAGCUGCGGAUGAAGGCUUCAUCUCCCCAAUUGCCCGUCGUAUUGUAGUGUCUGCCCCGACUGCCCAACAGUUGAUUAGGGAUCUUGAGGAACAAGUUCCUGAGUACGACGACUUUGCGACGAAGUUGGACUGGGAUGAGGUGAAAGUACUAAACUACCCUGCGGCCGACUCUGGUCUAACAACGUAA